CCUUGGAUACCGGAACUCCUGCUCUAGGCUCCGUGCGCCCUGCCCGGAAGGCUAUGGCAGUGGCGACUGUGGCCGCAGCGCUCCUGGCCGCACUGGGUGGGACGCUGUGGCUGGCCGUGCGGCGGUUUUCAGGGGCCAGGGGCCAACGGAUGCAGGGAGGCGGGGAGCAGAGCCUCAUGCACGGGAAGACAGUGUUGAUCACCGGGGCAAACAGCGGCCUGGGCCGAGCCACGGCCGCCGAGCUGCUGCGCCUUGGGGCGCGGGUCAUCAUGGGCUGUCGGGACCUCGGGAGAGCGGAGGAGGCGGCGGGUCAGCUCCGCCAGGAGCUCGGCCAGGCUGGGGGUCAAGAGCCCAACGCCACCAAAGGCCAGCUGGUCGUCAAGGAGCUGGACCUUGCCUCUCUACGUUCAGUGCGAGCCUUCUGCCAAGAACUGCUGCAGGAGGAACCCAGGCUAGACGUCCUGAUUAAUAAUGCAGGGAUCUUCCAGUGCCCAUACAUGAAGACAGAAGAUGGCUUUGAGAUGCAGUUUGGAGUGAACCAUCUGGGCCACUUCCUACUCACCAAUCUUCUGCUUGGCCUCCUCAAAAGUUCCGCUCCCAGCAGGAUUGUCGUCGUUUCUUCCAAACUUUAUAAAUAUGGAGACAUCAACUUUGAAGACUUGAACAGUGAACAGAGCUAUAAUAAAAGCUUCUCUUAUAGUCGAAGCAAACUGGCUAACAUUCUUUUCACCAGAGAACUAGCCCGUCGCUUAGAAGGCACAAACGUGACUGUCAAUGUGUUGCAUCCUGGUAUUGUGAGGACAAACCUCGGGAGACACAUACACAUCCCACUGUUGGCCAGACCACUUUUCAAUUUGGUAUCGUGGGCAUUUUUCAAAUCUCCACUAGAAGGUGCCCAGACCUCCAUCUACUUAGCCUCCUCACCCGAGGUGGAAGGGGUGUCCGGAAAGUACUUUGGAGAUUGUAAGGAGGAAGAACUAUUGCCCAAAGCUAUGGAUGAGUCAGUCGCAAGAAAACUGUGGGAUAUCAGUGAAGUGAUGGUUGGCAUUUUAAAGUAGGAGUAAAGAUAAGAGGGCUAUUUAUAAGACUAUCCAUCACAGCCUUGGUCGGGCGCAGCAUGUUGUGAGUGUGUGCUACUUGAACACAGUUUGGGUUUGACGGUAAUACUGCUGAGAGGUACACAUGAAUAUUUGAAGGGCACUGUUACGUGGGCUAAUACAAAAUUAAAUAACUAAAGUGAGCAAAACCAUUCUGUUUUAUUAUUAAAAAUUAUAAUUGGGCAAUCAGGUUACAGAUGCUAAAAUUAUUCGCAAUUUAAAAGAUACCUUGAGAGGGUUUUCAAAAUUUUUUUCAUCUCAUAAUGAGAUGUUAAGAAUUUUUCCUACAAUGCCUGUUUGGUGGAAAUAAUAUGCCUUGUGUGUGCACAUAAAUUAUUACUUGGCAUAAAUGUAUGAAGCCAAUUCCUCAGUGUGCAUUUCUUUAGAAGUUUCUGAGUGCAGUCCAUAGCUUGUCCUCCCUGGCCUUUUGUAGUCUUGCUGUACCCAUGUUCUUCCUGUCAUAUCUUGUAUACUGCUCGGAGACUUUUUGUUUAUAAGACUGCAAUCUAUGACCUGUGUCCUAACGCACUUUCCAACCUGUGAUGGUUUUCCAGUUAACCUUGCAGUAAGUUUUCUUAGCCUCUUUCUGCUGUUGUUUUGUUUUUUGUUUUCCUUUUCCAGCUGUAGAAGUCUUUUACUCAAACGUCAGUGUUGAGUAUAUAAAUGGAGCAGUGAUGUAGGGCUGGAAUUCCCCAAGAGGACAUAGAUUGUUGUAGUUGAUACAUCAUCUGUAAACUUUAAGCUCUAUAAUACAUGCUGGAGACACUCCACAAACUGUCACAUGCCUGUACUCAGUCUUGUUGAAUAGAAAGAACUCUAGGCACCACAGCCCAACAGAGUGGACUAGACAUGUAGAAAGACAGUGCAUGAAAUAUUGAAAAAUAAACUUAAAAUCUUAGUUAACAGACAAAUGUCUGGUCACGACCCUCUUAGACUGCCCUGAAUAUAGAAGAGUCAUCCACACCCUUGCCUUUAGAUCAUCUCCUCAUAUGUUCCCUGACACGUGUCCAGCAGGGAGACCUGUAGGCAGAAGCAAUUCUGUCUUCUUGUUUUGUUUCCCUUGACUUAGCUUUGCUUAAAGCGCGCUAAUUGUUCACUCCAGGGCCGGUUAGACAAUUUAAAAGGAUUAUCCAAAGAAAGUAAUUUUUCUCCCUCAAAAAUCAAAGUGUAGUAACUGACAUGGAGUGAAAAAGAGCAACAAAGAAUGAAUUAUAAAUUCAUUUACAUAUGCUUUAUAAAAUAUAUAUUUCAUACAUAUAUGAAUUUUAUUAAGUAUAUAUGUAUAUAAUAAAUAUAAAUAAAAAUUUUAUAAAAAUAGUUCAGCCAAAAUGGGCAUAUUAUAGGCUUCUGUGUUUCAACAUCAGAAUCAUCAACUUAAUAACUUCAUUUUUUUUGUCCUGUCACCUCAUUGUUAAUGAAAACACCAAAUGAGAGGCAGAUCCCUUUAGUUUAACGACCAUUAGGGCAGAGCUAAUGCUUGUUAUUUUUAAAAACUUGUCGUACCUGGUUAAAAAUACUAUUUCUUCUCCAGAUUGGCACGAUCUUGGCAGAUCAUGCUAAAGGUCUGCUUUCCUUUAGAGCAUCGCCUUCUGAGUACAGCAAAUGGGCCUCUCACCACAGGUGUGUCUCCGAGGGCAUAGUGGGCAGAGCUACGCCGUAUUCUUUGAAAUGUAUUUUAGAAGGUCAUCCUACAAAGAGACCUGCUACACUUGGAAAUAUGGGCAGGAAGUACAUGAGAAUGCAGCUUGGAAAAAUAGAAGCUAAUAAAUCUGUCCUACACCUCGGCUUCAUUAAAAAGGAGCUCCCUUUUUCGUUUAAUACCAUCUUUCUCUGGCUGUACUGUGAUACCCGAUGCUUUUCAGAGGAUGUGGACCUUUUGAGCCUUUCAGCGUUCUUGUUUGUGGCACCACAGUAAAAUAGGAUAUAUUAAUUUAUAGUGAUGGGGAAAGAAACUUAUCUGCAAACACCAGCUAUUACAGUAAAAUGAGCUGCCAUUUGGAAGAUGUCUUCCCCACUACUGUGCCUGAUGGAAUCAAGGGCCCAUAGCAGCAGCGUGGGAAGAUCAUUCCAGCUCUUUCUUUCUCCCAUAACUCACUCCUGAUCUUUCCACCACGCAAAGGAAUAAGGGAAACAGUUCUAUUACUUUGAUACUUUUACUCUCAACAAAAUACUGGUAGAGCAAGCCUGGGCCAAGCAAUGGAAUAAGUAAAAUGAAACCCAUUUUUCCAUCCGUAUUAUUGACUUUGUUAUUGGUUAGUUGGUUGGUUGGUUGGUUGGAUGGUUGGUUUUAAAACUGACUUCAUUCGAGCAAUUUGGUCCUAUAAGCAGCACAAUCAUUGGUCUGCUGUUUGAACAUCGCCCGCAUUACUUAAUCUAGCGGAGUUCCUAAUUACCAAUUAUCUGGGAAAGGGGUUUCAUUUCUUAGCAUACCACUACACUGGGUUUAGUUAAUCACUCCCCAACUUAACUCUUCUAGUGAUCAUGGAAAAUUCCAUAACCAUUCUGAAACAUUAUCUUCCUUGCUCUAGCAUCAGCUACAAUGUCCAUUGUAAAGUUUCUGGUUGUGUAUGCAUAUAUGCUUGUGCCACAUCAUACAUAUGAAGGUCAGUGAACAAGUCUGUGGAUUCUGCUCGCUCUGUCCACCUUGUCCUUGGUUCUGGAGAUCAAACUCAGGUCAUCAGGCAUCUAUAGCAAGCACUGAACUCUUUUGCUGGCUGACAAUUACCUACUUCAGAGGACUGGUCAAUGAACAAAUGUGUCAGAGAGAGUCAAGCGUUUAGACAGAUGGUAACAUAGACAUGCAUCCACUUCUGUUUAAAAAACAUGCCUAAUAAUGACAGUCGUAGUGAUACUGAUCAGUAACAGUAAUGGUUAGCUGAGUAUAUUUGAUGGAAAGGACUCUAAGCCAUGAACCAGUAGCCUGUUUCUGCAGAAAGCUAACUGUGCAUAUUUCAAGUUUGGUGAGUUAUUGUCAAUCCAUGUUAUAUAUUCUCACACACUGUCUUUGUUUUUACUCCAAUAUUAUAAAACUGUAAAAACCAUGCUCGGCUAGUCCAGAAUAUUCUAUUGCACUUCAACAACCUCAGUGCUGUCUUCCAAGCCUGCUACAUUCACAUAGAGUUCAUCUUUCUGCGGUGCUUGUAAAAACAGCAACUCCUUCUGUACGGGGCUGCUUCUGUUUUUCUAUAUGAUUUUUAAUCUUGUAUGAUUAUUUACUUGAAGACCCAGGAGGUCUAGAGAGUAUAUUUUGAAAUCUAUCUCCAACUAUAGAUUCUGGGGUGAGGAAUAGCAGUUAUCUGCUUCCAGCUCCAUCCCCGCACAAACCUGCUGGGCCUGGCCAGAGAUCUAAGAAAAAUCUAUAUUUGAAUAUUUAAUUGAUUCCAAAUGUCCCAAGAAUCACUAAAGAGAACAUGUUACUAAUCACCCUUCAGGAGCUGGGCCCCCACAGACAGCUUCAGAUGUUCACAAGGCUUCUCUGGACAAUGGGGAGUUAAAUUAGUUACAGGUCAACAUGGAGGAAGGUAGUUAAUUCCUAGAGGAAAGUUGGAAGGCAUGCCCAGCUUUCUGCAGAUAGCAAGGAAGCGGUUUUUGCCAAGCCAGAUGUUUAAUCAAAGUUACUCUACUUCGAUGCACUCCUCAGCAGCUACCAUGUGACUGACUGACUGACUGUAAGAGCAGAAUCCCCUUUCUUUUGGAGAAACACACAAACUGAGUCCCGUGUCCUGUGAAGGGGCUGAUGGGCUCCUUUUUAGCGUGGUGCUGUGUCCAUGCUUUGGGCACUGCGAGAAUACCUUGUCAAAGCUCAUGCCGGAAAGCUGUGAAACUACACUGCAAAAUGUAAAAGGAAAGAGAGAGAGAGGGAGAGGGAGAGAGAAAACCCUUGUAACAUUUUUAGUAAGUUUAUAAUUAUGUGGCAAACCACAUUUUGAGCUGUCCUGGGGUACAUGUGGCCUACAUGCCACAGGUUGGCUAUAACUCUGGACCCUUUGCUCCCCUUUGUCCUGUCAUCAUUAAGACAAGGAGAUUAUGCGCAAUCACUUGUCCAAUUAACAAAUAUUUUAAUAUCUUUUACAUGUUAGACUUUGGCCUGGUAUCUGCAUCAUGGGGACACAGGGGACAACAGAGUAUAGCCAGCCAAAGCUAUGUGUCCUUGUGUGCUCAUUAGCUGUGUUAAUCACAGGACAAUUUAAUAGUCAUAACACAAACUGCUGAAACGUAAGGUCAAAGAAAAUGUGGAUUUCUAUAAAACAUCGUCUGAGUACUUUGCAACAAGAAAACUAGGGCAGAUCAUUGGAAAUUUACGGUUGAAUAAAGUGACAAAUAGCUAUCUUUACUAAAAAUAAAUACUAUGAAUGCACAAAAAGUUUGGGGACUCAGUGCCUUGAAAGUGACUUUAAGCUGGGUCUACUUUUCUGCUAUUGUUUGCUUGUUUUCAUUUUUAUUUGUUUAAUUUGUCGGCCAACAAAACAAUUGACUUUCCUACGGCAUUUUUGUACACAUGCAGCAUUAUACCGCAUUCCUGUUUUUGUCCUACUGUACUGUUUGGUCCUCUUUUAAAAAAAGAAUGACACCAAAAUUGGAACUCAGAGACUGUGCUCCCUAUGUGAACAGAGUGUUAGAAGAUACAAUUCCAAGUGGAUUUCAGCUCAAAGAGCAGCGAGGAGGUUGAUUAAGCCCUUAGCCUCAAAUGAGAUGAAGGUUAAUGAAUGGAUGUGUUCUGUUUCCAGCUCAGGUAAUAGCUUCAUGGUGUAGACGGCUCACCACUGUUAUUUCCUUCGUUAAGCCUUUUCAUGGAACCAGCCAGUUUCAAAGAGGAGGGCUUCUCCUGUGGAAGACACAGUAAUCACUGGCAUUUCAGAAGAAUUUCAGUUGGAUGGAAUUUGUAAUACACAUUUUCUAUGGGGUGAUUCAUAAUUAUCCAAUGACUUCUAAAUUUUGGAAUGACUUUUUUUUUAAUAUACCAACGUGCUGAAUUGAUUAUCUGAUGUAAUCAGUGUGGUUCCAACAUGUUUUUGCAGCUGCUCCUUCAGAUUUAAUUUCAUUAUCAGCUUUGCCUUUCUCUCCCUCAUUUAAAAAGUGCCAACUAAUUAUGGUAAAUAGCAAAGUUCCUGAAUGCUUAAGGUUUAUUGUUUUAAUGCUGUCAUCUUGAAUUCAAAAGUUACUGUGCUAUAUAUGUGUUACGGUCCCAUUGCUGAUAGUUGAGGCUUUUUGAAAAUAUAUUCAUUCAUUCAUUUAUAAAUCCAAAUAUAGAAAAAGUAGUUACCCCUUUUCUGUUGUUGUUGUGACAUUACAUACAUCUCAGUCAUCAUCCACUCAUUGGCAGGAUGAAAUGGGAAACCUUUGUAACCGCUCCCAUUCCUUGUGCCACCAUGAAACUAAUAAGAUGAAUAAGUUAAAUAUUUUGUGGUAAACACAUUAAAUGGAUUCAGAGUUUUUGUUUUUUUUUAAUCUCUGUAAAUCUGCAUACACGUUGGGCUUUUAGCUAUACCUGGAAGCUGUAUGUAUGGUUUGAGGAAAUGCCAAGCCCUAUCAUUAUUAGCUUCUUCAAAAAGAAAAAAAAAAGAAAGAAAGAAAGAAAGAAAAGCAAAACUAGUUUCUGCCACCAACCCAUGAAAGCACAGGAAAUGGCUUCAUGUAGUAAGUGUCCAGGUCUAAGCAAUCUGUUGACAGAAAGGGUUUCUACCCAAGGGUUUCUCGUUAAUGUAAUCAAACACUUCAGAGCCGUAGCCCAGCAAGAUCAGAUCCACCCACCUCUAAGUUUAUCUUUAGCUCAUCUGGAAGAGUUUAUUUUAAACACUGAACAUUGUUUGCUGCUGUUGAAAUGAAAGUGAGAGAGUUACAAGCUUUAGUCCACGGCCAUCUGGCAGAUUUACUGAUGGAUCGGGUUCUUUAAUCCAUGUAACCCCGUGUGUGGGAGCUAUUGUCUUUAUGUUGCUCAUGCAGCUGGCUUGGCUGAACUUCCAAACGCUCACACAAAGCUAUCAAGAGCCAUCCUAUAGAUAAAUGAAGUUGGGGUUGUUGUAAAAGCCAUCACAGUCUUUUGGAGAAGGUGUUGAUGUAUAUUAUCUUUAUUCUUUUCUGAAUACACAUUUUUGCUCCAUGUCUCUCUUAGUGAACUGGGAAAAAAGAUGACUGUAUUUGGGUAAUUUUUGAAAAAUAAUAAAUGAAAACUAUAAAAGGA